AUGCCCUGCCACUGGUGGCGGGCGGCCGGUGCCCCAGCGUGUCGGAAGGGCACGCUGCGUCGCCCGGGCGGGAGAGGCCUUCCCCUGCGUCCCCCAGACGAGGGGCGGAAUCUGCCGUGGCUUGACCGGGAGCAUGCGCCCCUGCCCUCGCCGGGCUCCGAGGAACCCGCCCCCCUUGAAGGGAGAAGGAGGACCCAGCGGAGGACUGAACAGGAGGAGCAGGAGGAGGAGGAGGAGGAGGAGGCGGAGGAGGAGGACGCGAACCUUUCGCAAGAGCUGCUGCAAGCAGGGACGCUGAAUAGGGGACGAAGCCCCUACCUGGCGCCCAACGGCGCCUGGGUGCACGAGGAGGGCCAGAGGGGCAGCCGCGGAGUGACCGAAGGACCAGGCCUCGCGGCAUUCCCGCCUCGGCCCCGCUCCCGGGCCUAG